UUUCUCCUCCUCGGCCUCCACCUCCUCUUUCUCCUCCGCUCCCUCCUCCUCCGUCUCAGCCGACGCGGCGCACAGAGCCCGAGCCCAGCCCCGGGCCGCGCGGUGCCAUGCUGCCCCGGCGGCGGCGCUGAAGGAUGGCGACGCCCGUCCCCCCGCCCUCCCCGCGGCACCUGCGGCUGUUGCGGCUGCUGCUCUCCGGCCUAGUCCUCGGCGUCGCCCUGCGCGGUGCCUCCGCCGGCCGCCCGGAUGCCGCCGCCUGUCCCGGGAGCCUGGACUGUGCCCUGCAGAGGCGGGCACGGUGCCCCCCGGGCGCGCACGUCUGCGGGCCCUGCCUCCAGCCCUUCCGGGAGGACCGACGCGGGCUCUGUGUGCCCAGGGUGCACCGGCCUCCGGAGGAGAGCCCGCCCCAGCCCAGACUGGAUGACGAGAUCGACCUCCUGGCCCAGGAGCUGGCCCGGCAGGAGGCGGCGCGCUGGGAGCUCACGGCCCUGCCGCAUCCAGAGGCGCCUCAGCGGCUCCUGGAGGCUGCGGCCACCCUGGGGCUCUCGGACCGAGGCCAGGGCCCCGACCUCGGCAUCCCCUCCACGCGGGGAGCUCCUGCGCCCACGGCCCUCACCUCCUUGGGUUCUCCUGUGUCGCCUGGGCCGGUGCACAUGUCCCCGCUGGAGCCCCGGGGCGGGCGCAGUGACGGCUUCGCCCUCGCGCUCGUCCUGGUGUGCUCCGUGGCCGGCGCCGCGGCCCUCGCCGUGGCCGCGCUCUGCUGGUGCAGGCUGCAGCGGGACAUCCGCCUGACCCAGAAGGCCGACUACGCGGCCCCACAGGGGCCCGGCUCCCCCGCGACGCCCAAGAUCUCGCCCGGGGACCAGCGGCUGGCGCACAGCGCGGAGGUCUACCACUACCAGCACCAGAGGCAGCAGAUGCGGUGCCUGGAGCGGCAUAAAGAGCCCCCCAAGGAGCUGGACUCAGCCUCCUCGGACGAGGAGAACGAAGACGGCGACUUCACAGUGUACGAGUGCCCGGGCCUGGCCCCGACCGGGGAGAUGGAGGUGCGGAACCCGCUGUUCGACCACUGCUCGCUGUCCGCCCCGCUGCCGCCGCCGCCAUGAGGCGAAGCGCGGCGCCCACUCCCUGGAGGACCGGCGGGGGCGGGGGCGGGGGGCCGAGGACCUGCGUUUCCCAAUAAAGAA